GCGACUGGCGUUACAGUGCGUGGUUGAUCUGCUCCUGAUUGCGGUCGACAGGUAGCCAGAGUCACUAUGGGAGACAUUGCGGCUCAGAAGAUGGCGCUUGAGACGGUGCUGGCAGAGGCGGCAGAGGUGCUUCCGGUCUUUGAGCCGUCAGCGCAGUUCGCGCUCGAUGCAGAUGGUGGGAGUGAGAGCGAGAUUGCGGCCCGGGAGGUGCUGAGACGAGUGAGGCGUACGUUGCCGGAUGGCAAGCUGCUGCGCGAUUCGGUGCUGCUGUUUGAGAUCACAGCGUCGAUCAUCGACUCGUCGGGCGCGUGCGACCAGAUGGACGCGCUUUUGGGCGCGCUGCCACCGGCCAAUGUCGCUGCCCUCGACGCGCUUGCAAAGGUUGUCCGUGCCGCGGGGCCAAGGGACUCGCCGUUUCCAGCCGUCCUCGCAGCGUGGCUCGCGUCAGCCGCAGACGUCAAGCCGCUUCUCCUGAUCGCGCUGGCGGCGCAUCGCCAGGACAUCUCCGCGCUGGCGGGAGAGAGCUUCGCCAGCCCCAAGCCGGACGAGGUGCUCAGUCCCGUCCCGCCAAGGACUUCAGACGUUGUUGUCUCGAACAUUGGCUCAGCGAACUCGAGCCUGUCCCGAUUCGGCAACUCGACUGCCAGGUUUGUAGUCUCGGACUCGUCCGAGUACUCCAGCUCGUCCGAGGACGACUCGCCGAGAGUUGCAGCGCCGCCACAGGUCGCGGCGCCCAAGGCUGGCUCGCCGCAGCCGGUGCGGCUCGAGUUUAGCGACGAAGAAGCGAGCGUUGGUUCAAGCUGCUCGGGCUGUGAACACGAGGCGGAGCAGACUUCUCCACCGCCGGCGGUGGCUGCUGGUGUGGCCGAGGUUGCCGCCAUUGAGGCGGUCUGUGCCGACCCGCCGCGGUGCGCUGCUGAGGAGAUCCGACCGGCCAUUGCCGCCGCCCGUAUGGAGCGGUCCGACUCGAUAGAAUCGAUGCGGCGGACGUCACAGCAGGCCAAGCGGCUCUCGCGCUCGUCCUCGUUUCUCGCCAAAUACCUCGCAGAUGCGCGCGGAGCCACGAGUGAGGCAGACUCGGCCGACGCAGAGCUUGCUGCCGCAACUACCGAAAUCGCCAGGCUGCAGGAACAGAAUCAGGUGCUCAUUAAGCAGCUAGUCGCCCACAAGCUCGACGCGUCGGCUUAUGCGCGGGCUGAGCUCUUCUCGCUCGGCGUCAUGGCCGACGCGGCGGAAGAAGCGCGUCCGCUGCUGGACCUGGGCGCAACCGCGACGCUGCUCUCGCGGCGAGUCCACGACCUCGCUGUCGCGCUGGCCCUAGAGCCGAUUCCGCAGCUCCGGGCCUCUCACGCCGUCGUCGCGUCGCUCGCCUCCCAGUUUACCACCGAUGCCGCAGCAUGGCUUGCAGCCUGUCCGUUCGGCGCCGCGCGCAAUGCGGCACAACUGCUCCCGGACCGUAUGGCGACCGCCUGCCAGAGCUUGCUCGGCAUUGUGACCGUCGUGACAAGUGGCGCAGGAAGUCAGGUUCCGCCGCAGCUCCUUGAGACAGCAGAUCCGAGCCUGUGCGACGCCCUCUCUGCUUUUGACGCUGCCUGCGACGACCUCUCUGCCAUUGUUGCUGCCGUCCAGCCCGGUGCCGAUCUCCUGGCUCUCGCCAGGAGCGUCCGUGCCGCAGUCGGGCGCGCGCUCCGCACGGCCGGCUGCGAACAAGGCAGGGGCACUAGUGUAGGCGCGCCGUCGCGCGCCGCCGCAGUAGCACGGCAGCUGGCCAGAUUCGAGCGGGCGUCCGCGAGGUGGGCAGAGGCGGCGUCGCCCGCCGCGGCAGAGCUCGCGCUCCCGCUUCACGCCGAAGUCAUCCAGCUGGUGUCCGGCAUUGAGGCCGGGUGUGGGCAGUACGCCACAGCGCCGAGCAACGCUGUCGCCGACGACAUCGAGGCUAUGGUGGCGGACUUGCACGACGCCAUCAGCUCGCUCACUGCGGUUUCAUCGGUGGCGUGCGACUCGGUCGUCGACGUCGUUCGUGACUUUACGGCCAAGCUCCGCGAGUGGAAGAACGUGUCUGGAAGUGAGCUCCAGAUGUGGGCGUACAUGCUUGACUCGUUUGCUGAGCGGACGUUCCGGCGGAUCGAGGCAUGGGCGGCGUCGGUGGCGGUGCCUGGUGUCGCCGACGCUCUUGCUCAGCACCAAACGCUGCUGGAGGGCAUGCUGAGCGAGCUUUCGCUUGUUGUGGGCGCGCGGCUUCACGCUCCCGACUCGGAGCAGGCAUCAGACCAUCGACUGGAACAGCGAGUCCGCAACAUCGCCAGCGAACUCGAGGCAAUUGUGGCCGAGGUGCGUGCGGCAUCGGCUGGUGGGCCGCUGGUGGCGGCGGUGGUGGGGCUGCAGGCGUCGGUCGAUGCGCAGACAGCGUCGGUCCUUGGUCGGUACCAAGUCCGGCUCGCGGUCCCGCAGCUAGAGGCUGGCUUUGCAGCGCUGGCGCGGUUCUCGCGGCAGUGGCAGCUCGCUACCGAGGACAGCCAGGUCCGGGGUCUGGUGGCGGCGUCGAGCAGGCUGGUGGCGGCGCGCGGCGGCGUGCUGCUCUCGGCGUGCAGCGAGUUUGUGGCCAACCCGACACCGGCGGCAUGCCAGCUCUUCGAGUCGAGCGGGCGGGCACUGAUGGCGACGCUGGCAGCGCUGGAGGCCGACGUGGCGUCGGCGCCGCUGCUCGGCGUCGACGAGGCGGCACCACAGGUGGUGGUUGUCCCGAACCCAGCGGCGAACGAGUCGGUGGCGUCGGUGCUGUUUGGCUCAGACAGCAUGCUGUCGGGCUCGCCGUCGACGCACGACAGGUCGAUCGAGCUGCCGGGACGAUCGCCGGUGCGGAGCCGCGGCGGGCUGCUGCUAGAGGUCGAGUCGCUGCGUGCGACGCUGAGCCAUGCCGAGGCCGCGUUUGCGAGCCAGCGCGACCAUCUGGUGGUGGAGCUCAACGCGGCGAUCCGGCGGCACAACGCGGCGCUCGGCGAGGAAAUCUCGCGGACUCGGGCGCUCAAAGACACGCUGGUGGCACGGAUUCAAGCUGAGGCGCAGCGGCUGGCGGCAGAGCAGGUCGACGCACUGCGAAGCAAGAUCCGUAGCGAGCUGGCGGCUGAGGCGCGGACACGGACGCUUUAG